AUGCGUAUGAUAACAGGGGCUGCUUACACGGCCACAAUACACCACGACACUUAUCCCCUGGUUACCGCUGCCAACUGCAAAGAACAAAAGAAUCGAGCUGUUUUCAUCACCGGAGCUUCCCGGGGUAUUGGUCGUGCGUGCGCGGUUGCAUUUGCCCAGGCAGGCGCCUCUGCCAUUGCUAUAGGUGCUCGCGCGACCCUCGACCCGGUCGAGAAAGCGAUUCUCGAGGAGGCAGCAAAAGCUGAUCACCCGGCUCCCAAAGUACUCAAGCGCACGCUGGAUGUUUCAGAUGAGAAAAAUGUUGCCUCCGCCUUCGCGCAGACAGAGCAAUCGUUUGGUCGUCUCGAUAUACUUGUCAAUGAUGCCGGACGUCUCGAGAAUGGGUUCCCGCUCGCCGACACCGAUUCCACUUCUUGGUGGGCGGCUUGGGAGGUCAAUGUGGCCAGAAGACAAUUGUCAAUAUCAACUCGAUCGGGCGCACCUGUGCCGGCCGGGUGCCUCGGCCUACCAGACGGGAAAUUGGCGAUAUGUCGUUUGACGGAAUUCACCAGCGUCGAGUACGGGGGACAAGGAGUUGUGGCAAUCGCCGUUCAUCCUGGAGCCGUCGACACUGAACUCAUCAAGACCUUACCUGUCCAGUAUCAUACGAAUUUGGUGGAUGCGCCUGAGUUGGCGGCCGAUACGAUCGAAUGGUUGACCCGAGAAAAGCAGGGAUGGCUCAAUGGGCGAUAUAGAAGCGCCGAUUGGGACAUGGAAGAGAUCAUGUCUCGGAAGGACGAGAUUGUGGAGGGAAAUAAAUUGAGGGUCAGGUUGGUUCUAUAA